CGACGCCGCCGUCGCGGUUCUCUUCUUCCACAACGGGCCAACAGCAAGGCCAAAUGUUUCCCUACCGUCCAGGACGAUGGCGAAAUAUUUUUUCUACCGUCCUCUGUAGUCUCCUCUUCGUUACGGGUACUCAAGCGCUCGACUUGCCAUGGCCGUUCCCCAAGAAACGCUUUACGAGCAACGCUCUCAUCGAUGCAGGUUCGGUCGGGUUGAUAGGAGAUAUCAGGGUUGCUGCAUUUGGAGACUUUGACGGAGACCAGUCACUUGACGUACUUUCAAUAGCCGGCGACGAGCAAACAUUAUCCGUGCACUAUUGGCAACAUGAAACAUUCACAUUUGGCUCACCUAUCGAAUUCAAGCAUCCUCGCCGGGUGUUGAAUGUGGUCCCUGGCGACUUUACGCACAGCGGCAAACUCGACAUCCUCGUAAUGAGUGAAAGCGAUUCCAAGGACCAAAUGGACCUGACUGUAUAUCCAGCACUCAUUGAAGGAGGCUUCGACUUGAAGAACCCAUUGAAAGUCCAAUCAUCGACGCUACCACAACCAAUACCUAUCGACAUCGACGGGGACAUGAAGAUAGACCUUCUGGGAACAAUACCUGGAGGUGAAGGUCUUCAGAUAUGGCAGAACAUCUGGAACGAGUCUGCGCCGAGCCCACAGCUCUAUGAAAUGAUUCCUGCACCAUUUCCAAAUGUUCGGUGCAAGCUCGCACACCCACAUAGUAAUGCAGUUGUCGACCUCAAUGGAGACUGCUUAGCCGAUGUGUUCUUGGUCUGCGACGAGGGCAACGGAAAGCAAUCCUAUCAGAUCUGGGCGAACAACAAAGACGACGGGUUCUCCCUAUCACAAAAGGGGGAUUUACCUGCAGGAACUCAGUCAAUCUCUUUCGCCGACAUUGACCGAGAUGGCACCAUUGAUAUGAUCUUCCCAACAUGCUCAAGAGUUUCCUCGUCAACAGGGCUGGGCACGGAUUGCCACAUCAACAUCGCAUUCAACCAGCAGCUCGGCCUAUGCAGACUGACGACAGACUCUGGACUUCAGAAGGGCGUACGCGUAUGCCGACCUCCAGACAAUCUCUGUACUCCCGAUGACAACUUCAAAUUUGACCUUACCGACAGCCCUGACAACCCAUUAUUCGUCCGCUUCCCCAUCUCUGAUAUCUUCCCUAAAGACAAGUCGUUAAUGGUCCUGGAAACGACUUACAACCCGUCACUGCCCUCACCUUUGAAGCUCGGUGACGCCAAUUUGGACGGCUUCCCCGACAUCCUUGUCAUCACGGGCUCAGGUAAAGAACGUGUGCCUCACCUUCUCUGGUCCGUACCUUGCAGCAAGGGUGUCGCUGGAUGCUCGCGUGAUGGCACGGGCAGACGCGGUUGGAAGCUCGCGGACAAAGAUGUCGACUCCCUUGAAGCCAUUACCGACGCAAGGAGUGUCACUUUCUUGGAUAUGGACGAAGAUGGCACGUUGGAUAUCAUGGUACAACGCACGGGUGCUGCCGGCAAAGGUCAAGUCACCUUCGUCCAGAACAAUUUCUACUACGAUGCGUUCUUCCUGAAGGCGAUCGUCCUCAACGGAGCCUGCGAGAAUGGAAUGUGCUAUGGUGGACCUAACGGAACCGAGAAGUACCAUCCUUUCGGUGUCAGUUAUUCAGGGGCAACCUACAAGUACACCGUCUUGGACACAGCCGGUCAUAGAUCCGCUGCUCAAGGUGUGCCUUCCUCCGAAUCGCGUGCUGGUCCCCCAUGCUCACACUCCAGGAACAAAGUUGGCCAGCUCCCCCAGACAUCAUACCACUCCCUCCAAACCCCCUACUCAUUCUUCGGUCUUGGCCGUACCAAUAAUUACAUCGAAAAUCUCUUUGUGGGCACCACCGUCCACGCCAAAGAACACUGGAUCGACAUGGAGGGUGUCAUCCCCAACUCGAGAGUGGUUAUUCUGCCAUCGACUAAAGAGGGCGAAACCUGGAGACGCGAGUUGUUCUUGCGACCCGGAGAGUGGAUUCCAUGGGUGACCGUUACUUGCCUCGCUGGGACUGCGGUUCUGGCCAUCAUCGUGUUCGUGCUACACCUAAACGAGAAGCGUGAAGAUGAACUCGAACGACGGAGAGCUUCGCACCAUAUCAACUUUGAUGCGCUAUGA